AGAAAAAAAAAACCGGCGGAGGUUGGGUGCAACCAGCGCGGGGAGCUGUGAGGAUCAGACGGAGGGUUUGCACUGCGAUCUGUGCGCACAUUCAGAGGAGGAACCGGGUGAAGAAGAAGAAGAAGAAGAGGAAGAAGAGGAGAAACGAGGGGGGAAGGACAAUACUGGUUUUUUUUAUCGUCUGUGAGAAAUGACGUUUCACUCGUAGGGGAUGCCGCAUAGAUUUGAUGAUAAUCACCGGUAGUCGGCUGCGAUUAUUUCGGAUUCCACCCUCGUUCGGGCGCAUCCUCCGGAAUCUCACCCUCUGGCAGCGGCUAUUUCAGGGACUCCACAUUGUCUUAUAUGCAGGAUCAUCAGAUCGGACAUUGAUUUAUUCAGGGUUUAUAUUUGAUUUCUGCAGCCGGACCCUCCUCAUGCCUUCGACUGAAUUUUAAAAACGCUUCCCUGGAUGUGACCGUCUCAUGUUGAAUUUGGCCGCCGCAUGAAUUCUCCCACCGGAUCCUGGUCUGUGUUCUCUCCGCUGUCCUCCUCCACCUCCUCCUCCGAAACCCCCCCAAUCCUCGCAGAGGGCACUACCCUCCUCCCUGCCGCUAAAGACAUUUUGAUCGUCCUCCCCGCUUCCCCCCCAGCCGGACUCCACCAUCAUCACUCCUCCUCCUCCUCUUCCUCCUCCACCUCCUCUGGAACAUGUCGGGACAGUCUUUGACGGACCGGAUCGCCGCCGCGCAGCACAGCAUGACCGGGUCUGCCAUCAGCAAAGCCGUCUGCAAGGCCACGACGCACGAAGUCAGCGGACCCAAGAAGAAGCACCUUGACUACCUGAUCCACUGCACCAAUGAGAUGAACGUCAGCAUCCCCCACCUGGCAGACACACUGCUGGAGCGCACAGCCAGUAACAGCUGGAUAGUGGUUUUUAAAGCGCUCAUCACCACACACCACCUCAUGAUGUACGGCAACGAGAGAUUGAUGCAGUACCUUGCCUCCAGAAACACGCUCUUCAACCUCAACAACUUUCUAGAUAAGGCUGCACUACAAGGAUAUAACAUGUCAACUUUCAUCAGACGGUACAGCCGCUACCUGAAUGAAAAAGCCAUGUCUUACAGACUAGCAGCGGUGGACUUCACUAAGAUGAAGAGAGGAGCCGAGGGUGUGAUGCGCACCAUGAACACAGAGAAGCUGAUUAAGACUCUGCCUGUCAUUCAGAACCAGCUGGAUGCACUGCUGGAUUUCCAGCCCAACUCCAACGAGCUGACCAACGGAGUCAUCAACACAGCUUUCAUGUUGCUCUUUAAAGAUUCCAUACGGUUGUUUGCUGCUUAUAACGAAGGGGUCAUCAACAUGCUGGAGAAAUACUUUGACAUGAAGAAGAACCAGUGCAAAGAAGCUCUGGAGAUCUACAAGACCUUCCUCAACAGGAUGACCAAACUGUCCGAGUUUCUCAAAGUGGCUGAGCGAGUUGGGAUAGAUCAGGGCGACAGCCCCGAUCUCACACAGGCUCCCAGCUCUCUCCUGGAGGCUCUGGAGCAGCAUCUAGCUUCUCUGGAGGGCAGGAAGCUCAAGGACCUGUCCGCGGCCAGCAGAUCCAGCACCUUGUCCAGUGCAGUGUCCUCUCUCUCCAGCACUGGGAUCUCUCUCAGCCACAUGGACGACAAGACAGAGGACAACAGACUGCAGCAACACAAGGCAAGACAUCUGCCGGAGCUCCAGUGGAGUCAGCUGGUGGAGAAGAAGCCAACAGGAGGAAAUAGCUGGCAGUCAAAGACAAUGUGCACCAGCACUAACUGGACUCACACCACUCAUCCCAUGGCACCUGCACCCAUGCCCGUCCCUCAGAUGAAUGGGAUGAUCUAUACUGGCUAUGCUCCCGCACCAGUGGCUUUUCCUAUGACGACACCCCAAGUGCCUGUGUAUGGAAUGCUCCCUCCUCAGAUGAGUCAUCAGAUGGGGGGCGUUCCCAUGAUGCCCCCACAGCAUGUCAUGUACAACCAGCCGGUCCUGAGACCUACCAAUCCCUUUGGACCCAUCCCGGGGACACAGAUGCACUUCAUGUAGGGAUGAUCUUGUAACCAUGGCAGCGAAGCUGAGAAAGAGAUGGCGAGAGGAAAGAGAUGGAGGCAAAGAGUCAAAGAAAACAAAUCCAGAACCAAAUCCCAGAAGGAAGGAAGACAAAGACAGAGAGGAAAGAGGGAGCGGAGAGGAAGAAGGAGAGAGGACCAGAGGAAGGAUAAAGGAUGAAAUGCUGAUCUCUCUUUCUAUGUCGCCUGACCCUCUAAUCUCCUCUCCUCUCUCCAUGUGGCUACUGAUCUCUCUGUCUUUGAAUCCAUAAUGCCGCGGCACCAGAGGCUCCACGUCCGUCCCACUCAUCCUCUGUUUGAUUUGCCAGUUCAGACGGUGAAUACGCCCUGUGAUGAGGCUACGAAAACUGACAGCUCAAUGGAAGUGCAGACGCUCAACAGGCCACUUCCUGACCUCCUCAUCCAGAUCAUUUCCUGUAUUAAAAACUAACACUCUUCCCACUCCAUCCCCCAACUGAAUCAAACCUGGACGACGCGCGCCUCUUUCUCUGAUUGGAUCGUUUCCUGGCACUUUACUCAAUGUGAACUUUGCCAAGGGUGUGUGUCUGUGUGGGUGAUUUUAGCAUCUUGUUUAGAUUGGUUCCCGGUUGCGUGUCAUCCAUCACCUGAUGUCAGAAGUAAUCGAUUCAAAUGCAAGCGUGCGUGUCCCUUUUUCUACAUUUCAGUGUGCUGCAUCAACAUUCACUGUUUUGAGUCUUUUUAUGAGCUCAAUUUGUUCUUAAUUGCCAACUUCACAUUAACAAUCUAGCAUGGAAGGAUAAUUUGCAGGAACGCUUGUGUGUGUGUGUGUGUAUUAGUGUGUGUGUGGAUGGAUGGAGCUGUGUAGGGUAAGUACUGUAUGUUUCUCUUUUGGUACCUGAUGUCAUUACUGUGUUGCCAGGUACCAAUGUGUUACUGCACUGGAACUAACUGAUGAAAGCACUGAGCCACAGCCAGGCAUCAUAUUUGGAUGUAAACAAACCUCUUACACUAACUUUGCUACUUGGGGAUGUGCUGUACACAUUGUAUUUUGUUUUUGUUUCCUCCUCUACAGCUGUGCAAUAUCAUGCAACCUUGUUACGUCUUUUCCACCCAUCUGUAGCUUGUCUAGAAGUGGUUUCCUGAUGAAGUGUUGUACCUCUUGUGUGUCCACAUCAGGUUUCUGUACAGAAUGUUGUUUGUUUUUGUUCUUUCACUCGUUCUGUUAGACCCGUACUGCCCUAAAAGUAGGGAAAAAUGCACUGAGAGCCAGAUAGAGACAUGACUGGAUGUUAGUAAGGAGAUGAUUCCCAGUCUUGCCAAUCAGAAAAGGUCUAACUCUCAAUUGUAAGAUGUCCUCCCUGUCCUGAGCAUUCGUCCUUUACAAAUUUAGUCUCCUCAGAAGUCCUCUAUGCACUCCAGAAAAACUGGGUAGGUGUAAUCAUGGCAGCAGAUGUCUCAACUCUCAACAAUUGAAGCAAAUAAAAGAUUUUGCUAGCACAGAAGUUAGUUCGUUUAUGUAGUGUUAAUAUUUGUGGACAGGAUUGUUAUAGGUCAGUUGGAGGAGACAGAUGAAGACCAGACUGUCGGAAAGCAACCGAGGGAAUCGUCUGCCGGUCACGACCCCAGUAUUGCCAGCAGUGACGACGCACAGAUUAAUUCAGACAGCCAGAGGCGGGGAGGCUUUAAUGAGACGUUUAAUAAUAAUGUGGCUUUUCUCGCAGAUCCAAGGUCAAGUUAGACCCACAGACAGAUGAUAUAUAUAUAUACUUAUAUAUAUAUAGCACAAUCCUUUUAAGAGGGAACAAUGCUCUGCUGCACAAAAACCUAAAAUCAUUGCUGGGAUGUACAGUUGAAAGGGGCAAUAAUUAACUGGGGUUGAAGUCGUUUUCUAUUGAUUGUGUCUGUUCUAUGUACUGUUCGUGUGUUUGUGUGCACAUGCCUUCCCAUAGAGAUAAACAGGGUCAUGUUGCUCGGAUAGAGCAGAAAGGUCUCUAGUGAGCUGGUAGCAUGUACUAACUUAGCAGUGAGUGCUAUUGUGACCGUGUCUCAGUCUGUACUACACCCCCAUCAUUUCAAAGUGGUUCUAGGAUCACCUGUAAGACAAACACAAAUGCAAAAAAAAAAAGCCAGAGUCGGCAGACCUGGAAUCUCAAAGUGAAUCUGAGGUGAGCCUCUCCUGUCGGAUCUGCACAGGGUGGUGGUGUCUAACAAAUCUGACAGAGAAGUGCAACUGCACAGUGCUGUAUCGCAUAUGAUUCAUCCUUGAAAUGUAAAAGCUGGAUUCACUAAAAUUCUCCCUCUGUAUCCGCAGCUACGAGUCCACUACCAGCAGCUACAGACCUCUGUGUUAGAAAUCAUCACCAAGCAGACAGAUAUUCUCUGAGGUUUCUAAAUAAGCCGCAGCUGACAUUUGGAAAUCUUCUUUGGAAAAAUUGUUGAUCCAAACCCCCCCCCACCCCCACAUUACUCGUUGUUCCAGUGGUCUGUCUAUCCCCGUCAGCUGAAUGCUCUUUUCAUUGUGCACUUCAUUCCCACGACGCAGCUUGUUCCAUUCUGGGCCAACCUCUCUGACUGUUACUGUGUCCUCUGUAUAUAGGUAAUGCCGUUCAUGUGUUUUUAGACGUGCUCUCUCUGUAAAGUGAUCAAAGCCCCAUUGGAUGACGUUACUGUAUGUGGGACAACUUAUUGCUGUAUCUGUGUUUGAAUGGUUGUAUUUUGAAGGUGUCAUCAUCCAGGGAUGGGUAGGGGUGGGUGGGGUUGAUGUUUGUGAUGUUUGUGUCCAUCUCGAGGAGGAAGGGGU